AUGAAUGAACUAACAAAAUACUAUUUAUCUAUCUCGGUCUUCAGCAUCAAACACAUUGAAAUAAGGAACCAGUCAGCUGUAUUUAUGCUGAGUGGUUUAACAAGUUCACCUGAACUGCAGACACUUCUCUUUCCAUUCUUCAUAUUCAUAUACGCCAUGGCACUGGCAGGGAACUCCCUCCUCAUCUUUACCAUAUGUACUUGCAGGAAACUCCACACUCCCAUGUACUUCCUGCUCAUCAAUUUGUCCUUAGUGAAUGUAUUCUCCAUCUCAGUUACAACUCCUAAGUUGCUCCAGACUCUUUGGACCCACAGAAAGACCAUCUCUUUUUAUGGAUGCAUCGCUCAAGUGUAUUUGUUCAUAUGGCUAUUGGUAACAGAACUUCUGAUUCUCACAUGUAUGGCUUUUGACCGCUAUGCUGCUAUCUGUCAACCUUUACGGUAUACAAACAUCAUGAGGAAGGAACUGUGUGUUAGCAUUGCCACUGGAGUGUGGGUCAUAGGGAUGAUCAAUUCUGCAGUUCAUGCUGGACUUGUGCUGCAACUGUCUUUCUGCAACUCUAACAUCAUCAAUCAUUUCUUCUGUGAUUUCCCCCCGCUUUUAAAACUCUCAUGUUCUGACACCAGCCUGAAUGAGACUAUGGCUUUUGUGGCAGAUGUGGUCUUUGGGAUCGGUAGCUGUGGGUUGACCUUAACAUCUUAUUGUUUUAUUCUGAGAGCUAUCUUCCGGAUUCAUUCCACUGAAGGGAAGAAGAAAGCUUUUUCCACAUGUUCCUCACAUCUAAUUGUAGUUAGUUUUUAUUUUUCCGCCGUCAUCUACACAUACAUCAGGCCCACCUCUGUCUACUCUCUAGACAAAGACAAGGUCAUUUCUCUCCUUUAUUCAGUGGUACCCCCAGUUGUUAACCCUGUCAUAUAUUCUUUGAGAAACAAGGAAGUUAAAGAUUCACUCAAGGCAAUUAUUGGUAGAGGGAGGCUGUUCCCAAGAACUCAAGACUGA